AUGGAAGUUGAAAUUUUUGUUUUAGGCAUAAACAACACUUCACAGUCAAUGGGAGUUGGGCAACCUCACCAUCCAGUGAACCACACCAGACCAUUUUUCUACGUUCAGCCACCAUCUCAGCCUUAUUACAUGUAUCAGUGGCCUAUGAAUCCAUAUGGACACUAUGGCUUUCCAGGGCCAGCUUUGCACUAUGGCCGUCCCUACAUGCCCCCUUAUCAGUUUAUGCAGUAUCCUGGGUAUGUGAUUCCACAUGCACCCAUGCAGCCAAUUGAUUACAGAAGAAUCAGCCCACACUUCCCCUCCGUUGCUUCGUAUGAUUUGCGAGUCCGCCACCACUAUCAACAUCAGGGUAUGCAGCACGAGACUGCCUGUUCUGAGGUCCAAACAGACCCUAGUGAUUCAGUCAACAAACUGCUAGACAAAAUUGAGGGUCUCAAGGCCUGUGAACACAAAGCAAGUGAUAAAGAGUCUAACACCGUGGUCUCUUCUACUCCUGAUGUGAUUCAGGGAGAGAAGCAGCUGACAUGUUUAAAUGAAGAGUCCAUAUUACAACUUGCUUCAAAGGAGGAGCAGGCCACUCAAGUCAAGGCUACAACCUACAGUGACUCUGCAUAUGAUGCAGAGUCAAGCCAAGGCAGACUGGAUGAUUGCGUGUUAUCAGAUGUGCUGCCUCUUGACAGUUCCUCUGUCCAUGAGGAUGUGAAUGAGGAAGAUAAUCAACAGUGCAUUGCUGAUGAAACCAGCUAUCAAAGUGAAAUGUCUGCAACCAAUGCCACUGGCAAUGUGUUUUGUUGUGGUGCCAAAAGCACUUCAUCUCCAUCAGAGAGUCAUGAUUUGGAAAAAUCUUCCUUGCAUGAGGGUGUGGUGCCCGAUGAGCUGGUACAAAAUAUUUCCACUGAUGCUGCUGUGGUUGUGGAACCUCUGAUAAAUCUUUCUGAAGACUUUGACCUACAAUAUCAAAUUCUUCGCCUGCCCUGCAAUAAGACUACAACUGGCCUCGGUCUUGAACGAGAGAUUGACCCACUUGUAUACUUUCAUUCUCCAUCUACUCUAUUGCCUCCCCAAAACCAUUUGUCCUCAAUUGGUGGUGCAUAUCCCUACAGCUACUACCCUCCAGUGGCCCAAGAGCGCCAGAGUGUUCUGAGUCCCUCCAUAGAUGAGCUUUCCUCCAGAGAUGAAAUGUUCUCUACGGAUGUGGAGGAUCUUGAUCUCAUUCCUGGGCACGUGUAUGUGGGUGGUGGCAAACUGGCUGAAACCAGUGACGUGCCCAUUCGCUCCCGAAAAGAGCUCUUGAGUGUAGAGAGAACCUGUUUGGUCUGCCAGAAAACCUGUGCCUGCUGUGGCUCAAGCCUACAGGAUGAGGGAGUGCUGGGUAAAAUGGUUGAGCACCGCAGCCAUCCUGAGAGGGAACUUGCUAAUGAGGUAUCUGAUCAAGAUAUUGAGUAUGACAUUGAGGGAGAGGUGCGGAGUAAUUGUGAGUCCCCAAGGGUUUCCAAGAAGAAGUGUUACAGCAGGCAUGCACUGCCUCCCUGUGGUCGUCUUUGUGCCAAGCACUGGCACAGGAAGUUAAAAUGUGAAGGCCAAGAGAGCUGUGAGCUACACGAGCAGGUUCGGGGACAUCCCAAGGGAGAGUGCAGUGAUGAGUACGGUGCUCUGGCUAAAGUGGACAAGCGAAUUAAAAAGGGUGCCUUGUGCAGGCCUUGUAUUGAACGGCAAUGGAGAGAUGAUCUGUCUGAUCAAGAGAACUGGGCAAGCUGUGGAGUCAAGCCAAGGACUUGGAGGCAAGUUGGUGGACCUCAAGAUCAAGGGAGGGUGCCAUUGAGAAGGCCAUCUUGUAAGGCGUUCCUCCCGCAGAGGCCAAGAAGUGAAUAUGAUGACUGUGAUGAGACCGACUUUACCUACUGCCAGAGAGGCAGAGGUGCACUGAAGAAAAGGGGCACAAGAUACUAA